AUGAUGGGGGAGUUGGAGCUUUCCAUCAUGGCGGCUUCCAUUUCGGGCUACACCUUCAGCGCUGUGUGUUUCCACAGCGCCAACAGCAACGCCGACCACGAAGGAUUUUUGCUGGGAGAGGUAAGGCAAGAGGAAACUUUCAGCAUCAGUGACUCCCAAAUCAGCAGCACAGAGUUUCUGCAAGUAAUCGAAAUCCAUAACCAUCAGCCGUGUUCAAAACUUUUUAGUUUUUAUGACUAUGCAAGCAAAGUUAAUGAAGAGAGCUUGGACAGGAUUCUUAAAGAUCGGAGAAAGAAAGUGAUCGGGUGGUACCGAUUCCGGCGAAACACACAGCAGCAGAUGUCGUACAGAGAGCAGGUGAUCCACAAGCAGCUCACCCGCAUCCUCGGGGUGCCCGACCUCGUCUUCCUCCUCUUCAGCUUCAUCUCCACCGCCAACAAUUCCACUCAUGCUUUAGAAUAUGUUCUCUUUAGACCAAAUCGAAGGUAUAAUCAAAGGAUAUCCCUUGCUAUUCCCAAUCUAGGCAAUACUAGCCAGCAAGAGUAUAAAGUGUCUUCAGUGCCAAAUACUUCUCAGAGUUAUGCCAAAGUUAUUAAAGAACAUGGUACUGACUUUUUUGACAAGGACGGAGUAAUGAAAGACAUCAGGGCGAUUUAUCAGGUUUAUAAUGCGCUUCAGGAAAAAGUGCAGGCAGUGUGUGCAGACGUGGAAAAGAGUGAGCGAGUUGUUGAAUCUUGUCAGGCAGAAGUGAACAAAUUAAGAAGACAGAUCACUCAGAGGAAGAAUGAAAAGGAACAAGAAAGACGACUGCAGCAGGCAAUGGUAAGCCGGCAGAUGCCAUCCGAGAAUGUGGACCCCCCCUUCAGCCCUCGGCUGCCCUAUCCAGGGUUCACAGCGGAAGGUCGAAGUACUCUUGGAGACACAGAGGCCUCAGACCCGCCUCCGCCUUAUUCUGAUCUUCACCCAAAUAAUCAAGAAAGUACUCUGAGCCAUUCCCGCGUGGAAAGCAGCGUCUUUAUGCCUCGACCUCAAGCUGUGGGCUCCUCCAGUUAUGCCUCCACCAGUGCUGGACUGAAGUAUCCUGGAAGUGGAGCAGAUGCCCCUCCUUCCCACAGAGCAGCUGGAGACAGUGCUGAGGAAUCAGACGACAGUGAUUAUGAAAAUUUGAUUGACCCUACAGAGCCCCCUAAUAGCGAAUACUCACGUUCAAGGGAUUCUCGACCCAUGACACACCCUGAUGGGGGCUCCAGGAACACUCAGACCUCCCAGAUUUAACUGAACGCAAGAAACUCUCCACUUAGCACUGUUUUUCUUAAUCGCUCAUUGAGAGAGUUUUUGAGGACUUCCUCUGGCAGGGAGAACUGCUUUCUCAGGCCCCUGGACUCCCCAAGACAAGAGUUUUUGGGCCCAGACCUUGGAGGAGCCUCGCAUGCAGGGGUCCUCACCUGCGGACGCAGUGUGCAGGGCUCACAACAGAGUCAUUAAGAUAAUCAAAUUGUCCGAAUUCUGGUGCGAUUCAUGGAUGUACUGGUAAAUUUAGGCAAAGAUAAACUUAUCAACGUAGUUUCUGUUCUUUACAAUAAUUUGGAAAUUAGAGACUAAGCACAAUUAGUCUAUAAAUGUCCUAUAAAUCAAAACCUUACCUCUUGCACUAUCAUGCCUUGAAAUUUACUUU